CUCAGGGCCCUCGACAGCCCUCCGCUUGUCCUGCACGGACAUACCACCCACCCGGACUUGGAUCCCUUGCUCCCUACGCUGGGCAGGAUUAGGAUCUGUCCUCGAACCUAGACCCUGACCCUACAUCCUGGACACUGGAACCAAGCCUGUCCCAGCCGGCACCCCCCACCCACACACACUCUCCCCUACACCCCUCUGCCCAGCGCGCCCAUGAUCCGGGUUCGCGGAGUCUUGCCCGGAACCAGGUGCUCCCCUCCAGCCCUCGGACUUGGACCUCCUAGCACGCCACGGGACCCCAGGUUGUCCUGUGCCCCAUUCCCCGGCCCGGGAGUUCUCCUCAUUUCCCCACUCCACGCGCCCGAGCCCACGGAUGCCAGGGGCCCUGAGCCAGACUUUCCCGCCAGCAGAUCCCGACUGGGCCUCCUACAAGCUGGGGAUCUUCAUCUGUCUGAACUGCUCCGGAGUCCACCGCAAUUUCCCCGACAUCAGCAGAGUUAAAUCCGUGCGGCUUGACUUCUGGGACGACAGCAUCGUGGAGUUUAUGACCCACAACGGAAACCUCCGAGUGAAGGCCAAGUUCGAAGCCAGAGUUCCAGCUUUCUAUUACAUCCCCCAAGCCAGUGACUGCCUGGUCUUAAAGGAGCAAUGGAUUCGAGCAAAAUACGAGCGACAGGAAUUUAUGGCUGAUGGGAAAAUCAUCUCCCCACCAGGCAAUCGCGAGGGCAUCCUGUGGAAGCGAGGGAGGGACAACGCUCAGUUCCUGAAGAGGAGGUUUGUGCUUCUGGCAAGAGAAGGCCUACUGAAGUACUACACCAAGGAGGAGGGGAAGAACCCCAAAGCUGUCAUCAGCAUCAAGGACUUGAACGCCACCUUCCAGACGGAGAAGAUAGGGCAUCCUCACGGGUUGCAGAUCACCUACCAGAAAGAUGGCCACACCAGGAACCUGUUUGUGUAUCAUGAGAGUGGGAAAGAGAUAGUGGACUGGUUCAACGCCCUCCGGGCGGCGCGACUACAGUACCUAAAAACAGCCUUUCCCGAGCUCCCGGAAUCCGAGCUCCUGCCACUCCUCACUCGGAAUUACCUCAAACAAGGUUUCAUGGAGAAGACAGGGCCAAAGCAGAAAGAACCGUUCAAGAAAAGGUGGUUCGCCCUGGACCCCCAGGAGCGGAGGCUGCUGUAUUAUAAGAACCCACUGGAUGCCUUUGAGCAGGGCCAGGUUUUCCUCGGGAGCAAGGAGCAUGGCUAUGAAGUCUGUGAAGGCCUGCCCAAGGGUGUCCGAGGCAGCCGCUGGAAAGCCGGCCUCACCGUGGUCACUCCUGAGCGCAGAUUCGUGCUCACAUGCCCCAGCGAGAAGGAGCAGCGCGAGUGGCUGGAGAGCCUGCGGGAGGUCCUGACUUGUCCCCUGACGCCUCUCCUCGCCUCAUCCACAGAAGGUGGCCACAGCAGCAGGUGACCUGUCCAGCUAGGACCUGCUGUCCACGGCACACCUGGAGUUCCUGGUGGCAAGGGGGACGUUCUCACCUGGGCCCUGCUUGCCCACAGAAAGUGCCUCACAGUCAGGACUGACACCGUGACUUUAUACCCAGCGGGCUCCCUGGGCCUUCCCCUGACCAACCCCUGGGAACCUGGGGAUGCGGCACACAGGUGAACACGUUUGCCUCCCAGCAUCUGGUGUGCUCCCAGGCUGAAGAUGGCUGUCCAGCCCAGGCCUUCCUGACACGCAGCCUCAUGCACGUGGCAUCCUCCCACACACUGAAAGAUUAUUCUGAACCUAAACAUGAGGACUCUGUCAGGCAAAUCCACAUUAGAGGCCUUGUGCUCAACAACUGGCCGGGACCUUCGGAACUGACAGUAUUCUCAAAGAUGAAAUUGUAUGGGAACUGUUUUGGAUUCAAGGAGCGAAGACUUGUCAACCAACUGUGAUUCUUGAUUGGAUCCUGAAGUUUAAAAAAAACAUAAAGGCUAGAAUUAAGAAAUUUUAGU